AUGUCGACUGCCUGGCUUCACUCUGAGCUGGUAAGAUCAGACAGGCAGUUGUAUUUGAUCUGUAAUCAACACCAGUUGUUUUUCUUUUAUCUCUUCUUGUCGUUUUCCAAUAAACGUUAUCACGAAGAUUUCGAAUCACCUCGUUCGUCUCCGUCAACACCGAAUGGCCAGCAGUCUUUGGUCUCUUCGUUCUAUCAAAAUGAUUUGAACAACAAUUCCCUCAUCGGCUGUCGAGCGCGCGCUGUACUCGUGCAAGCGGCAGGAAAUAUUUCUUAUAGUAUGAUAUACCUCGCUGCAAUCGAUCAGUACUGUUCAACGAACUAUCGCCCCUACCUUCGGCAAUUGCUUACAUUUCGUUUCGUUCAACGCGUCAUUAUUGUCAUUAUCUGCUUUUGGUUUUCUAUUAAUCUCCUAUUUGCACACUACCUCGAUGUAGAUCCGUUACUUGGAUGCAUUAUAUAUAAUGAUAUCUGGAGCCAGUACGUGACAUAUUUCUACUAUCCAGUUCUCGUCGGUAUUCUUCCGAUCACUAUUGCAUCGAUAUUUAGUUUUUUGGCCUAUCAAAAUGUUCGUCGCAUUAUCCGACGACAGAUUCCAAUCGAACGCCGUCGAUUUGAUCAACAGAUUACAGCUAUGGUCUUGAUUCGUGUUAUCUUCUUUGUUCUCUUAUUUACACCUUUGGUUUGCUAUCGAAUCUAUUCGAUCAAUACAACUACGAGCGAUAUCUCUGCUUUGCAAUUUUCAAUUUCCCGAUUAAUUCAAGUCAUUACCAUUUGCUUCGUCAAUGUUCAACAUGGAAUUAGUUUUUAUCUCUACAUCAUGAUAUCAUCGCGGUAUCGUCGUCAAGUCAAAUGUGUUCUUCGAAAGCGCAUAUGGCAAUUUUGCAGAUGCACAUGUUGCAAAACACCGAAUCGUAUACUUCCAGACAAUCUUUCAACAGGAUCUAAUUUCGAAUUCUAA